AUGAUCUUUAAAUCUAAAUGCCCAGAUAUAAAAAUUCCUCAAGUCGGAAUUUAUCAAUAUGUGACUAGUAAUCCAAACAAAAUUUCAGAUGAUAAGAUUAUUUACCUGGACGGGAUUACUGGUAAACGUUACACUUUUGGCAAAUUUAAACAUGAAUCGAAAAAGUUUGCUGCAGGACUACAAGAUAAGUUAGAAUUUAAACGUGGUGAUGUUUUGGCGGUAUUUUCGCAUAAUCAGGUUGAUCAUCCUAUUAUACUCUUUGGAGCGAUUGCAGCUGGAGGCAAAGUAACGGUGGAAAAUCCAAAAUAUAAAACAUUAGAGGAAUUAUCUUAUCAUUUAACCGAUUCAGGUGCAUCUGUUCUAAUCGUGCAUCCAGAAUGUUUUGAAGUCGUUAUUGAAGCUUCAAUCAAUGCAAAAAUUCCCACCUCCAGGGUAUUUUUGUUUGGUGAUAAAGAAAUAAAGGGAUAUAAACCUUAUCGCUCUAUUUUAAUUGGUGAUCGUGAAAUUGAGCCGAUUAUUUAUACUCCUGAAGAAGCAAAAUCAACUACUGCUUAUAUAGUUUACACUUCUGGUACAACCGGAAAGCCAAAAGGCGUCGAACGUACUCACGCAAACGUAACUGCCGCUUUGGCUCAAUUAACUGUUGUAGAUGAUAAACUUGGACCACAUAGUAUAAUUUUGGGUGUCGUCCCAGUUCGUCACGUUUAUUCGCUUGAUAAUAUUCUUCAUGCACCCUUAAUUCACGGUGCUACUACAAUCAUUCAUCCAGGGUUCAAUUUGAAAACGUUUUGUGAAUCAGUUCAAAAAUAUAAAAUUACGCAUAUUUUUGGUUAUCCGUCAAUUAUAUUUGAACUUGUCAAUGAUCCAUUGGCUCAACAAUUUGAUUUAUCAAGUAUGAAUAUGUUUAUAAGCGCGGGAACUCAGCUAAGGGAUAAAUUACAAAGAAAAUUUUAUGAAAUGUUUAAAACACCGAUUCUUCAACAUUAUGGUUCUACUGAAAUGGGUACGUCACUAAGUUCUCUUACAAUGAAGAGUACAAUUCCAGAUUCUUGUGGGAAUCUUCUUCCAAAUAUUCAGGCUAAAAUAUUAUCAGAAGAUGGUCGUGAAUUGGGAUUCAACGAACUUGGGGAAUUGUGCAUUCAAGGUCCAAAUGUUAUGAAGGGUUUUCUCAAUAAAAAAGAAGUUACAGAUGCUGUUAUCGAUAAAGACGGAUUUUAUAGCACAGGGGAUAUUGUAUAUGCUGAUAAACAAG